CUACUCUCUCCGCAUCCUAAAUGUCGGCACCUCAUUGGUCGAGCCUCCCAGUCACUGACGUCAGGCUGGCUCUCUUGUGGAUGAUCCGCGCGCCAGAGCAUCCAUUCUGCCUCCCAUAAGCGCUCAGACGAGAUUGAAGAAGAAGAAGGGAUGCAAGCGACGGCAAGUGAGAGUUGGGCGCAACUUUGAUGAAGACAGGAGGGAGCACGGUAGCAUACACAGGGAUUGUCCUCCUUAUUUAAACUGGUGCCGAGCAUCACUGCCGACAGCAUCCUCCCCAUCUCCAUCAUUUGGAUCUUACAAGAGGAGAGAGUAGAUCUGUUUAACUCUUGUAAAAGAAUCACGGAAUCGUGUUAAUAAGGUUGUUUUUCUGUGACUGCUGAUAAGCCAUGAUCCUGAACGCCACUGACCUGGGCUGGGAAGAGUCCUCAGGUGCAGACCCCUUCUUCCCUCUGGACCAGUUAGGUAGCUCACCUCCAUAUGAAGUCCCGCCCCUCACGGUGUGGGGUGUGGCACUGUGUGUUUCAGGAACUCUCAUUGCCACUGAAAAUGCAAUAGUUGUCACCACCAUUUUGGCCACUCCGUCUCUUCGCGCCCCUGUUUUCCUGCUGCUGGCUAGCCUUGGACUUGCUGACCUCCUGGCAGGUGUUGCUCUGGUGCUGCACUUCCUCUUCCUGUUCUGUGUGGAGCCCAGUGAUUGGUCAGAAUUGCUGACCUCAGGACUGCUGGUGACAUCACUGACUGCCUCACUUUGUAGCCUGAUGGGUGUUGCCUUGGACCGAUACCUGUCUUUAAGCCACGCCCUCACCUAUGGUUCAAGCCAAUCACGUCACAGAGCCGCCAUCCUCCUGCUCCUGGUCUGGUUGGGUGCAUGUAUCAUCGGGGCUGGGCCUGCAAUGGGAUGGCACUGUCUGGGAGAGCCAAACUCCUGUUCUGUAGCCCGACCUCUGACCCGGACAUACCUAUCACUGCUGUGUGGUGGCUUCCUGGUGGUUGUCAUGGUAACCCUGCAAUUGUACGCUGGGAUCUGCCGUGUGGCAAGGCGGCAUGCCCACGCCAUCGCCACCCAGAGGCACUUUCUCCCUGCCAACCAAUCAUAUGCAAGCAAACACAGCAGUGGGAGAGGCUUCUCUCGGUUGAUCCUGGUGCUCAGUGUGUUUGUGGGCUGCUGGAUGCCUUUCUCCCUCUGGGGGCUGCUGGGAGAUGCGUCCAGCCCUCCUCUGUACACCUAUGCCACCUUGGUGCCAGCAGCGGGCAGCUCGUUGCUGAACCCAAUACUCUACAGUCUAAGAAACAAAGACAUUCGUAAAGUGCUGCUCCAGGCCUGCUGCCCACACAAAUACACACAAAACACACAAGUACACUACCCUGUUGAUGUGUAGACUGCCAAACUUUGCCAGACUCAAACGACCACACAAUCUAUGCCAGACAUAUCACUGUUUGUGUGCCAAAAUACACACAUAGCUGCAUUGACUGUCAUCCAAAUCAAGAACAUUAAGUCUCUCUCACACACACAUACUCCCACACACGCAAGCAGCAGAGAGAUGAAGUCCUUCUGCGAAUCAGAAUGUCCUGAACUGUCCUGGCUGGCAGCCAUCUUGGGACAAAAGACUAAACAUGCUGUCUUGUAUGUACUUUGUGCCUCAUCCUGUCAAUUGUAGAUCCACUGGAUCCCCAGACUGACACAAUCACAGGGAUGCUAUAUAUAUCCCCAGUCAUAAAAAGUGGAUUUAAUGAACGUCGGCACUUUAAGACGAGAGGGAGGGACAGAUUUUAAAUGUAAGCAUAUCACAGUGUAAUGACAUGUGUGAUCCAAAGUCCAGUUUUUAUUUACUUGAAUAACAAGAAAACACAAUGUUCUAGAUUUUUGAGAUUCUAUUUUGCACAUGCUGUUACAGGCACUUUGAAAGGUACUGACCAUAUGUUCAUGUUGCACAGCCUUUUUGAAAUGAAUGAAUAUUUUAUACUGAUGAAUAAUAAAUAUGCUUUUUUUCUA